AUGGAGCAAAAAAACCAGCUAUGUAGUGACAAAGAACUAAGCUCAGUUGAAUUACCUGUCGGUUGCAAUAAGCUGAGAACAUACAUAGAGAUGGCUAAGAGGGAUCCAUUGAUGGCAAUAACUUCCUUGUUGACUGCACCCCGAGAGAUUGACGUGAAGUAUGAAAAAAAGGUUAAAGACAGUAAAGACUGCAGUAGUGAAGUUGUUCUGCAUCCAUGUUAUACUCCACAAUCACUUUCCCACAGUAUUUCCUCAAGUUCCUUUGAUGCAACCACUGCUUCAACCUAUGAAGAUUCUCAAUCAGAGUCGGAUACUACUUUUGAAAGUGAGAGUGAUGAAGAGAUGAGUGAAGAGAGUAAAGCUGACAGUCAAAGUGAUGGGAGAGAAAAUAAAUUUGAAUUAUCAUUUUUUCCUGGUGAAGAUAAAGAGGAGUACAUCUUCUUUCAGAAAACCCUAACUGCUGUUAAGAAUUGGUUCACUCUCUUUGGUUGGUCUAAGGGACAAAAUCCUCUUUCAAUACCAUAUUCACUAAGACGUGAUGUGUGUAAAGUCCAGAUGACCUCUUCACAAGAAAAGUUUUUUAAACAAAACCUUGGCAAAGAUACUAAGACUGUUUAUGACAUGUUAUUCCAUCUGAGUGGACAGUUGUUACCAGGCAUUACAUCGAGCCAGUCAUUGCCCCUUGACCCAGUUGAACGAAUGUUACAGCUCCACUGGCAGCAUUCUACUCUGCUUGCUUUUCUUAAAAGCCAAGGAGCAUAUCUUCCUCAUGUUAUGCCAGAAUUUCUGCUUGAACCUGAUGAUUAUAAGAAAUGGAUUAAAGUGCAAACUGUACAGAAGGGUCACACAGCUGAGUUGAAAAAAGGAGAUGUGAAAAACUCAGACAUAUUUAGCGACGAGCAUCUAUUCAUUCUGCAGGACAGCAUAUUUGAGACAAUAAGCAAACGAGCUUGGACAGAUGUGCUACUGCAGGUAUACAAGGUGUUUGUUCUUCCACGUGUUUCUUCAUGUAAUAUCACCGAUCUGUUCAGCUUGGAAAGAGUGCAGAACAUGCCAAGAAUAAAAUCAGAACCUUUAUCCAGUAAUAUAUAUUCUCCAUGUGAACGAACCAUACUCACCUGGUUGAAUACACAUUAUGAGAAGAAUCGAAAAAUUGUGUGGAAAGAUUGUCAAAAAGGGGCAGAGGAUCUGAUGACAAAGGACACAGAAAAGACUGAGGUAUUCAAUGCCUUUGCCUUGGUCUUUACGG